CGAGAAGUCCGUGCGCGUGCUAGCUCGCUCGAUCGCGUAUAGCUGCCGCCGGGAAGCUCGGCCGCGCCUCAAGACUAGAGAUCGGUGAUAAACUUCAGAGGCUCUGACUUAUUCUGAGCCGAGCUCUGUCCAAGUGGAUUUUUACUCAUUUUAGUACCGGUAAUCUCGAGAUUUAGGAUCGGGCACUAACUGUUGAAUCUACAGAAAUGGCAACGAAGCUACCGAGAGAUGUUUUUAAAUGGAUUCAAAGUUUGGAUCUCACUUUUCCUAUCAAAAACGUCAGAAGAGAUUUUUCCAAUGGCUACCUUGUUGCUGAGAUAUUUUCAUGGUACUUUCCUGAAGACAUCCAGAUGCAUUCCUACGGCAACAGUAGUGGGCUCCAGGGCAAGUUGGGCAACUGGUCCUUGCUUCGUACUUUCUUCAAGAAGCGAGGUCUAGAAAUUCCAUAUGAAUUGAUUGAUGGGACUAUUCAUUGUAGACCUGAUGCUGCUGAAUUACUUGUUCAAUAUCUCUACACAAAGCUCACAAACAGGAAAUUGAAGCGGCUAGCUUUAGACCGUGAUAUUGACUUCACCGAUCAUCAUUAUCAGCAGACCUUACCUAUACAUGCCAGGAAUACAGCUGCUAUGGCGGUCAAAACAAACCUCAAGAUCACAGAGUUUGAAACAGAACCAAACAUCAUAACAUGUCAACAAAAGGCUCAAGAAAUCAUUAGACAACACAUCCAGCACCGUCAGGAGGAUCGGUUAGAAGACCCUGCACGAUUCAACAUCAAGCCCUCUAUAGGGCAGAAGUGUGUGAGGAGACCCAUCCCCCAAACACCUCACUCUGCUUCUCAGGCUAAGAAUAGUCCCGCACAGAGGGAAUAUCUUAUCAAAGAAAAUAGCAAUGCAAACCCCGUCCAAGCCUCGUCACCUAGCGUUCAUUUCAAGGAGAUCAAGGUCAAUCAGCUUGAUCAUGUGACCCAACAGGUCAUCAGACCGACGAGCAUGUCACCAAGUAACGUCCUGCCUCCCAUCAGUGGAAGAUCAUAAUGGAACAUUGGUUUCUUAAAGAACAUUUCACUCCUGUGUUGAGCCAUCUGAUCGACAGAAUCAAGUGUCUCCUAUUCUUAUGCAUCUGUACUACCAUUACAGAUAUAAUUAGCCAUGAAGUUGCAUGAAAAGAUGUGUACAGAACACAAAAGGUAUUACAGUUUAAUUGGGACGUUUGUUGAUUAAAAGUUACAUAUCUCAAUGAAUGUCUAGGAAACAUCAAACCUAAUCGAGAUAGUACAUGUGUACUUACAAGCUCACUCUACAGUGUAUAUGUGAGUAAAAUAUCAUUUUCAACAUUUAUGCAUUUUGCGAUCCGGACGCAUGUUUUCAUGCCACUAUAUUUUGCUAUUUAAAGCUUAUUAUACAAUUGUGGCAGAUGACAAAUAUUUAAAGAAACUACAGUACAUGCUGAAAAUGAGUUCAAAGACUUUUAUUGAAUUUCUUCAGUUUUAUAUAAUUCUUAUGUCUAGAAGAUGUACAUGUGGCUGCUUAAUGUCAAAUAUAAGUAUUUAAGAUGUGUUGAAAGACUUGUAUACUAUAAGUAAUAACUUAUAAUGGAGCAUUUGGUUGAUUCUUGAUUACUUUCUUUAUAAGAAAGUUAUUCCAAAAUCAACUGUUAUUAAAUAGAUGCCAAGUUUUGUUUGGAUCAAGUAUCUCGAUGUGAAUAUCUCAAAUGCUUGACACUGUGAAAGAUUGUAAAUAUCCUUGUAAAAAAAUACAUUCAUGCAUUAUUAGAAGGAAUGCUAUGCUCCACCUUUAACCAUAAACUGUUCGUCAUUGCCUUGUGGAUGAAUAAUGUAUACCCUGCUGGGGCCAUACAUAUACAUGUAUGUAUCCUCUAAUUUAACUCUGUAGAUCCUGUCAAAUAGUUAAUAGACUUUUCCAUUUCCUCUUCGUUCCCUUUGCUGUAAAGUUGAAAGGCACCUGUCUUGGUAUUUUUAUACGGUUUUUUCAUAUUCUUUGCUAACCUUUACAAUUUGCCCUUGUUAGAAUCACAGAUUAUAUAUUUUCUUGUGGUCCAAAACUGUAAUUUCUAAUGCCUCUAAUUCAAUUGAAAGUGUUGUUACCAUUUCUGACAAAUUGCUGAAUCUUUCACUUCUUCAAUAUGAACUUUCACUAUCAUUUGCAUGAUAUUGUGGAUAUUAAUUUGUUGAAUGUUAGGGUAUAUGCGCUAUCAAAACCUGUGCAUGUACCAAAGCUGAUCAUUUUAUAGGGAUGUGGAGACAAAAUAUAUUAAGAAGCAGGAGGAUGAACUUGAAUGAGGAUAGGAAAAGGAUCAAAAUUUGUGUUUAUGAUUUUCCUAUUGUGUUCUUAACCAUUGAAAUGUAUUCACACUUGUGCAAGGUGAUAUUAUCUGUAGUAUUUAAUUUAUACAUUUAGAUAUGUUUCAUUCUCUGUCUCCAAUUUUUUUGAAGUAAAUUUUAUGUUAUGCAUGAGUAGAUGCUUCAACAUGUAACAUAUAUUUCAUUUAUUUCAAAGUGA